CACGUGUCAGAAAUAUGGCUACAGACUGGCUUGGAAGCAUUGUGUCCAUUAACUGUGGAGACAGCCUGGGAGUCUAUCAGGGACGAGUGUCGGCUGUGGAUCAGAUCAGCCAGACCAUCUCCCUGACGCGGCCUUUCCAUAAUGGUGUCAAGUGCCUCGUGCCAGAGGUCACCUUCAGGGCAGGUGAUAUUACUGAGCUAAAGAUUCUGCAGAUCCCAGGUCCUGGGGACAGCAAACAGAGUGGGGACCUGCAGCAUACUGAACUGGGCAUCCCUGGCAUUGGGUGCCAAGUGGGUACCAAUCAAAACGGCACUGGCAAAUUGCUAAAGAAGCCUACCUCUUCCAGCAGUGCCCCACAGGCUAUCCCAAGGAGAACGGACAUGAAAAAUCAGGAAGUUGUCAUCUCCCCACAACAGCAGCAGUGCUCUAAGAGCUACAUGGACCGACAUUUGGAAUCCUUGAAUCAGUCCAAAGGUUUCCGUCGUAGACACAACUCCUGGUCAUCCAGUAGCCGCCACCCAAACCAGGUGACGCCAAAGAAGAGUGGCCUGAAGAACGGGCAGAUGAAGAGUAAAGACGAUGAGUGUUUUGGAGAUGACAUUGAGGAAAUCCCAGACACAGAUUUUGAUUUUGAAGGGAACCUGGCGCUUUUUGAUAAGGCAGCAGUGUUUGAAGAGAUUGACACUUACGAGAGGAGGAGUGGCACUCGCUCCAGGGGUACCCCCAACGAGAGGCCAGCGCGCUACCGGCAUGACGAGAACAUCCUGGAAUCAGAGCCCGUCGUCUACAGACGGAUCGUCGUACCCCAAAAUACUAACAAGGAAUUCUGCACCGACUCUGGGCUAGUCGUCCCAAGCGUCUCUUAUGAACUGCACAAAAAGGUGCUUUCAGUAGCUGAGAAACAUGGGCUGACUCUGGAGCGCAGACUGGAGAUGACUGGGGUGUGCGCCAGCCAGAUGGCAUUGAGUCUGCUCGGAGGACCCAACAGGUUGAAUCCUAAAAAUGUUCACCAGCGACCCACAGUGGCUCUGCUGUGUGGCCCCCAUGUGAAGGGGGCCCAGGGAAUCAGUUGUGGACGGCAUCUUUCCAACCAUGACGUUCAUGUCAUUCUCUUCCUACCCAACUUUGUCAAGAUGCUGGAAUCCAUCACUAAUGAGUUGAACCUCUUCAGCAAAACCCAAGGCCAGCAGGUGUCCAGUGUCAAAGAUCUCCCAGAUACCCCGGUUGACCUGGUGAUAAACUGCCUGGAUUGUCAUGAAAAUGCUUUCCUGAGAGAUCAGCCUUGGUACAAAGCAGCUGUGGACUGGGCCAACCAGAACCGAGCCCCUGUCCUCAGCAUAGACCCUCCUAUGAGUGAAAUGGAGCAGGGCAUUGAUGCCAAGUGGUCACUGGCCUUGGGCCUGCCCCUGCCGCUGGGUGAGAGGGCAGGGCGAGUAUAUCUGUGCGACAUCGGCAUUCCGCAGAAAGUCUUUCAGGAAGUGGGAAUAAACUACCACUCACCCUUUGGCUGCAAAUUUGUCAUCCCAUUGCAUUCAACAUAGAGCAGACCCUGCAGUGUAUCAGCCCUAGAGGGGGAGAUGGGGCAGAGUCCUGCCUAGCAAGCUGUAUAAAGGAUCCUGACAAGUAAACUCUUGACGCCUUAAAAGUUCUGGAGUUUGUUUCUUCCAGAAGAAAUAUGUGUAUUAAAAACAUAAAAAUUAAGGGAGCAAAUGUUACUGCAAGAUGCUUUCUCUCUCUUGUGCCAUUGGAUGAAGGAAUGUGGAAGAAGCUGGUAUCUAACACUGGGAAAGGCAGCGUCUGGUCACCAGCCAGAGGAUGGUUGAAGUGGGUGAGAGGGUUUGUUUACAGAUGCAGCUGACUGUCAGACAGCUUGGAGGUUUACAAGAUGAUGCUCUGUUUUUCUAGUACUUCUGGGGGGGAAAUUUGGCCCAGCGGGGGGCCCCUUUCAGGAGCAGAACCCCUCAAUGAUAAUGUAGAAAUGUCUUUGCUACAGUUUUACUGUUUUGAUUUUGUUCUUUAUUUUCUUUUAUGUUCAUGAGAGCAGUUAUAGUUAAGUCUCUUCCUGGAGCUGCCAAGCCCCUGUGGAUGGGGCUCCCUGUUUAGAAAGCGGGUGUAAAGCUUUUGUUCCUUGACCGCUUGCUGAGUGAAUGCAGCCCGGGUCUGGAAACUGUAGGGGAGUGAGGUGUUUACCAUGGUGUCCUUCCACCAGACAGUGCUUUGGGCAAGGCAUUUUCCUAAGGUGGGUUUUUAUUUCUCCAGUGAGCUGAGUAACCUCAGUGAUUCGGAGAAGAUGUGAGGGGAACAGGCAGAUGUUACCCUCUUUUCUUUAAUACCUUGU